UGAGUGGGCGCAACUGCCCAAUCAGGGCCCAGAUCCCGCCUCCCAUGCGUGAAGUGUGUAUUGACGGACUACUUGCGCUCCAGCUUGUACACAGGUUAAUUUGUGAGUUUAUAGCCAAUUAUUUCCCCGAAGCCAACAUAAAACGUAUCGAAGACCAUGAACAGUUUAAUAAGGUCAACUGCCAGGUGUCUUCGGCCCGGUGCGUUGGUCUAUCUGUCUAAACAAGCCGAUGUACGCGUGCGGGUGGCCUCGGCCCGGUUCCUGUGCGCGGCGGCGGAUCUACAGAAGAACCUUGGCGAAAUGGUGAAGAAGGACAAAGUGGUGGUGUUUAUGAAGGGGACGCCGGGCCAGCCCAUGUGUGGCUUCAGUAAUGCCGUAGUUCAGAUCCUCCGGAUGCACGGGGUGGACAACUAUGCUUCUUACAACGUGCUGGAGGACCAGGACCUCAGAGAAGGAGUCAAAGUCUUCUCCAACUGGCCCACAAUCCCUCAAGUGUACUUCAGCGGCGAAUUUGUGGGAGGCUGCGACAUCCUGCUGCAGAUGCACCAGAACGGAGAUCUGGUAGAUGAGCUAAAGAAGCUCGGCAUCCGUUCAGCACUGCUGGAUGCAGAGAAAGAAUCCAAGUAGAGAAGGAUAAGCUUCAAACAGCUGACAAUACAGAGGACACAUUCAUCAAAUUGAAAACCAGUCCCCCACCCCCCACCAGUACACACUAAUAUUUGCAGAUUAAAUGUCUCUCAAGGCAGCCAGUGGCUAAAUUGACUCAGACUGAUACGUUUUACACAGAUUAAACAUCUGACAGUAGAAGACUUUGAGCCAGGGUGAAGGAAAGAGUGGGUGUUGUCUUCCCAGGUAUACAAAAUCAGUUUUACAUUUUCUUUAAAGCUCCUAAAAGCUCCAUUUGGUGCUAAUGAGGAAGCAUACAAGGGGUUUAUUACACACUAUUUUUCCUGCCUGCUGUGGACUAGUGAAGGCAGUGAAAAGGAACCAAAACAGUUAAGCUGCAGCUCAGAAAACCAAAACUGUGAGCUAAAACAUAUGAUGUAAUCAAGUUAUGAACAGCUUUAAUGCCCAUUAACACCAGGAUUUAGUUCAUUAAAACUUACAAGCAUAAUUGUUAGAGCUCACAGUUUUUAGGGGGGGGUGGUGGUUUUGAUGAAACUGAGGCUUUCAUGUCUGUGCUUUAGUUUCCCAUCAGUCUCUGUCAACUUGCCCUGUAAAAUCUCUACCUCUGUUGUCCAGUGUAGUUUUUUUUUUUUUUUUUUUCCUUUCAAUCCACUUAUGACAUGAUCAAACGAGCCACAGACUAACUUGAGUCAAGAUGAUGACAAAGCUGCCUGAGUAACGCCAAGAAAAUGAUGUCAGCACACUUGAAACCUUCCAAAUGCACUGCCUGUAGUCUCAGUCCACUAGCAGGAAGAGCAGAGACGGGGUCGUAGUAAAGCCUCAUUUGCUCCUUCUGCUAGAAACCACAUGCAAAAUGUAUCAGCUGUGUUUUUAUGUCGAUACUCGCUGAGACGCAACAAACAUACCUGGAUACCUUGGUCUCUUUUCUCUGAUUGAAUUUUACUGUCCAUCUGGACGAACAGAGGCAGUUGAAGUUUGUUACAUCUUUCUACAUCUGUGGCUUUUCUUUAUCUGCCACUGGAGGAAAUGAGUGUUUUUAUAUUUUUUCUUUUUAGUGUUCUUGCUGAGUCAUAAAUUAUCAGUCCUGGAUGCUCCACCUGCUGCAAACAGUUGUAUUAUCAGAUGAACAUGUAGUACUCUGUAACAUAUUGUACAUUUAAAGCUUAUUGUGAAAUGUAUUUUAGAUGCAUGUAAACUCUAAAGCAAUAAAAUAUUUUGAGACACAGAUAACAAAAA